UUGAAAACAAAAUCCGGAUCACAAAAUGAUCGUCGAAAACUCAGGUUCAGUUUCAAUAGAACAGCAGUCAUACGAUGCCCACAUUUUUUUAGAUAAAGUUUUGUUGGGUGUCAAAUGGAGGAGACUAACCAUUACCUACAUAACCUUCCACGAUGCAAACAACAAUUGCUAAGAUCUUUGUUAUAUCUGGUCCUUCUGGUUCUGGCAAAUCUACUUUAUUAAAACGCUUGUUUGCUGAUUAUCCUUCUACUUUUGGUUUCAGCAUUUCUCACACUACACGUAAGCCUCGUCCUGGGGAAGUAGAUGGUAAAGACUAUCAUUUUGUUGAAAAGGAAACCAUGAUCGACGAAGUCGCUCAAGGCAAAUUCAUCGAAAGCGCUACUUUCUCGGGAAAUAUGUAUGGUACAUCUAUUAAGGCUGUUGAAGAUGUAGUCGCAGAAGGAAAGGUUUGCAUGCUUGAUAUUGAUAUGCAAGGUGUUCAAUCUGUCAAAAAGACAGCUUUGAAUCCCAAGUAUAUUUUUGUCCAACCUCCCAGCAUGGAAAUUUUGGAACAGCGUCUUCGCGGUCGUGGUACUGAGAAGGAAGAAGCUGUUCAAGCUCGUUUGGCAGCUGCCAAAAAGGAAUUGGAAUAUGGUUCGCAGCCUGGUGCUUAUGACCACAUUAUUGUCAAUGAUGAUUUAGAUAGAGCUUAUGAGCAAUUGAAGAAGGCUAUCUUUGUUCAGUAAAGAUAUUUACCCGUUUUAUUGUAAUGCAAAGCGAUUAGAACGUAUUUAAAGAAUUCAUUGGACAAUAUUGCAUUAUACAUUUGUACACGUUAGAAAAGCAUAUGAUUAUUUGAUCCGCAUUAAUUUGUCAAUAAAAGCGAUGCUUCAAACGCAU